AUGGGCUGUCUGGGAGGGAAGACGGAUGAAGAACGACUGGAUGAAAAAGCAAAAAGAGAGGCCAACAAGAAGAUUGAGAGGCAGCUACAGAAAGAGAGGCUAGCAUAUAAGGCCACUCACAGACUGCUGCUGUUGGGUGCAGGAGAAUCAGGUAAAAGCACCAUAGUGAAACAGAUGAAGAUUCUUCAUGUCAAUGGCUUCAAUGAUGAAGAGAAGCAGCAGAAGAUUCUGGACAUCAGGAAGAAUGUGAAGGAUGCCAUAGUGGCCAUCGUGUUAGCCAUGGGUACAAUAACUCCCCCUGUCUCUGUGGGAAACCCCGACAACCAGUUCAGAGUCGACUACAUCUUGAGCAUUGCACCACUGUUGGACUUCGAAUACACAGAGGAAUUCUUUGAGCAUACUCACAAGCUAUGGGAGGACAGCGGUGUGAAGGUGUGUUUUGAACGCUCCAAUGAAUAUCAGCUGAUCGACUGUGCUCAGUACUUCCUGGACAGGUUGGACUCAGUCAGAAGGACAGACUACUCACCUAAUGACCAGGAUUUGUUGCGUUGCAGAGUUCUGACAUCAGGGAUUUGUGAAACCAGGUUUCAGGUGGACAAAGUCAACUUCCAUAUGUUUGAUGUAGGAGGACAGAGAGAUGAGCGCAGGAAGUGGAUCCAGUGCUUCAAUGAUGUGACAGCCAUCAUCUUUGUGGCGGCCAGCAGCAGCUACAACAUGGUGAUCCGAGAGGACAACUCCACCAACCGGCUCCGAGAGUCUCUGGACCUCUUCAGAUCCAUCUGGACCAAUAGGUCUUGGCCUUCCCUGUCUGCUCUCUGGCUGGUUCUAGCUAACCAUGUCUGCUCUGUGAUUGGCUACAGGUUUCUGAAGACUAUUUCUGUGAUCCUGUUCCUGAACAAACAGGACGUUCUUGCCGACAAGAUCCUGGCUGGAAAAUCUAAACUGGAGGAUUAUUUUCCAGAAUACAACAACUACCAACUACCUGCCGAUGCUGUUCCAGAUACCGAUGAAGACCCCAAAGUGACCCGAGCUAAGUUGUUCAUCAGAGACGAGUUCCUGAGGAUCAGCACGGGGAGUGUCGACGGGAAACAUCACUGUUACCCUCACUUCACCUGCGCCAUUGACACGGAGAAUAUCCGCCGUGUUUUCAACGACUGUCGGGACAUCAUCCAGCGUAUGCACCUGCGGCAAUAUGAACUGCUCUGACUGGCCCAGCCCUCUUUAUGGA